AUGUGCCUGUGCGUCAUGCUUGCCUUUCUGCACCUGGUAGAAGCUCUUGAAUUCCUGAGUACACUCCCACAUGCUGAAGCCGCUAAUUGGAAUUCACUUCCCGAUUCAUGCGCCAAGGUUAGACCAUCGCCUCCUCAUCGUCGAGAGGCGGAUGUGAAAGUCAUUCCAGAAACCAAGCUGGCGUCGAUUAUGGAAAGCCACGGCGACGUUGAGCGCAGAACAUGUAAGGAUCUGAUCGCAGACGCUCUCAGACAGAGGAAAUGGGAUCCCUUGAUCAGAUAUGCGUAUGUGAAGCUAUCACUCGCAGAACCCAGUGGGGAAGCCCUUCAUUACUAUUACAAUAAUCCAAAGCUCUGGCACUGGGAAAUCACGGAGGUUGGUUCACGAAUAUUUACCCUCCCUAUAUGUCUGCGUCCCCCCGGUAGUUUGGGUUACCCGUUAGCGGACGGGCCCGUGUGCAACUAUUUUGAUGAGCUCAAGAUUCAUAAUUACCUGAGUAUCAGCGCAGUUUCGGGUAUCGCUGGUUUCCUUGCAGCUGUACAUGAGACCAUGUUAGCCUUGCUCGAAAGUAUUCUUGGUGAUGGGAAUUGCACGAGGGAAGAGGUCCUUGGCCGUUGGCACCAGGGAAUGGAGGGGAAGGGCAUAAGAAAUUUCCGGGUGAAGUUCUUUGAAAGAGUGAUAGAACGAGCCAAAGAACUACAGAAAAAGUGGUAUGUGUUUAUGGGGACAAAAUUAACGUCUCUUGCACCUCGUCCUCAAGGCAUGAUUUCCACAAGAAUCAGAGAGGAACGACAAAGACUAGAGCCCCCCUACUUUGCUCUUGGUUUCGAUCAGUACGCGAGUGAGCAGGCCGAAAUUCCACUCCCACCAAGAUGGGUCAUUUCAAAACACUGGAGCAUAUCAGCCGAUAUACGUCCCUUCCCCCCAAAUUACAAGGACAACUACUCACUCGACUCUGCUAGGUGGCGCGCAAUGCUGCCCAGGUCAGGCGAUGAACAGAUCAACGUUGCAGCUUACAAGCUCACCACUGCUGAUGUUGGACUCGGAGGGUUCGAUGCUGUGAACAAGGACCAUGUAUUUGCUGUGCUUUCGCAGCGGCUUUGUCUCGAUAUUGUUCUGGUGGGUGCUGAGGCCGCCAAGUUAGCCGAGCGGAGCAUCUCCCAUCAUAUGAGACUUCUCACGGGCGUCUCGGAUGCCAACACAAUUCUUUACACACUUGCCAUCAGAACCGAUUUAGCUUUGGGCGCUGCACGGUUAUUGUACCAUCCCUAUGCGCCCAAGGGACGGUUAUGUUAA